AUGUAUCGUGCCGUCAACAUGGGCAGCGGCAUUAGUCGCUUCAUUCGCCCUACGUCCUUGACAAAACACUAUCAUACCAGACCACUUGCUAUCCCAGCCACCACUUUGACACGCGUUACAAGCGCGUCUAUCCACCGAUUAUCAUCGCGGCCUUUUACUUCAUCAACAAGCUCGCAUAGCAACAACAACAAUGACAGCUUCCUUGAAGGAAACGGUGCAAGCUAUAUUGAAGAGAUGUAUGAAGCAUGGCUCAAGGAUCCCAACUCUGUGCACUUAUCAUGGCAAGUCUAUUUCAAGAACAUGAAGCAUGGGAUGUCACCUAGCCAAGCCUACUCUCCACCACCCACAUUGGUCCCUUCUGGCAGUGCUCGUUUGCCAAAGCUACCAAACGAAGUGGUAGCCAAUGCCAGUGAUACGGAUAUUCUGGACCACAUGAAAAUCCAGCUCAUGGUGCGUGCUUAUCAAGUGCGUGGUCAUCAUAUUGCCCAUUUGGAUCCUCUGGGUAUUCUCCAAGCUGAUUUGCAAGAAGGAAGCCCACCUGAAUUGUCGUAUCAGUUUUAUGGUUUCACUGAAAAGGAUUUGGAUCGAACGUUUUCGCUUGGUCCUGGUAUUCUCCCAGGUUAUGAGGGUGUGGAUAAAAAGAUGACUUUACGUGAAAUCAUUCAACACCUCAAAAAGAUCUAUUGUGGCUCCAUUGGUACAGAGUACAUCCAUAUCCCUGAUCGCGCCCAAUGUGAUUGGAUUCGCUCACGUAUCGAAACACCAACGCCUUAUCACUACAAUGUGGAGCAGAAAAAAGUCAUCUAUGACCGUUUGACUUGGUCCGACAGCUUUGAAAGAUUUGUGGCAUCCAAGUACCCAUCCGAAAAGAGAUUUGGACUUGAAGGAGGUGAAACUUUGAUCCCUGGCAUGAAAGCAAUGAUUGAUCGAGCCGUUGAUCUUGGUGUUGAAUCCAUUGUCAUUGGAAUGCCCCAUCGUGGUCGUUUGAACGUACUUAGCAACGUCGUACGUAAACCAAACGAGUCCAUCUUUUGCGAAUUUAGUGGUGCUCUUGAACCUUCUGAAGAAGGAUCUGGUGAUGUCAAGUACCAUCUUGGCAUGAAUUAUGUACGACCUACACCAUCCGGCAAACGUGUCCACCUCUCGCUAGUUGCCAACCCAUCUCACUUGGAAGCUGUGGAUCCUGUCGUAUUGGGAAAGACGCGUGCAUUGCAAUACUACAGCAACGAUCAUGAUCGCAAUCAUUCAAUGGCUAUCUUAAUGCAUGGUGAUGCUGCUUUUGCAGGGCAAGGCGUGGUAUACGAGACAAUGGGUUUCCAUGAUCUUCCAGCAUAUACAACAGGCGGCACUGUUCAUAUUGUUGUCAACAACCAAGUUGGAUUUACAACGGACCCUCGUUUUGGUCGUUCAACGCCUUAUUGUACGGAUAUUGCAAAGAGUAUUGGCGCACCUGUAUUCCAUGUGAACGCUGAUGAUGCCGAAGCUGUCAUCUUUGUUAUGCAACUCGCUGCUGAUUGGCGUCAAACUUUCCAUCGUGAUGUGGUGAUUGACCUUGUCUGCUAUCGUCGCCAUGGACACAAUGAAACGGAUCAACCAAUGUUUACUCAGCCCAAAAUGUAUCAGGCUAUUAGCAAGCAAUCCCCUGUGGCCCAAAUUUAUGCCGAGCAGCUCAAAAAGGAAGGAUCAUUGGAUGAUAAGGAAAUCACAGACAUCAAGGAACGCGUAUGGAAACUUUUGGAGGAGAGCUAUUCACGUAGCAAAGAUUAUACACCAACAUCGCGUGAAUGGCUCUCUAGUUCAUGGCCUGGAUUCAAGUCCCCCAAAGAGUUGGCUGAAGAGAUUCUUCCUCAUUACCCAACAGGGGUACCUUACGAGACAUUACAACAAAUUGGUGCCGCACUGACAACCAUUCCUGAGAAUUUCAAUGUGCAUCGCAACCUCAAGCGUAUCCUUCAGAAUCGAGAAAAGGCUAUCAAAGCAGGCAAAGAGAUCGAUUGGGCUACUGCAGAAGCACUUUCAUGGGGAUCCCUUCUAUUGGAAGGCAAACAUGUACGCGUAUCUGGACAAGAUGUUGAACGAGGCACCUUUUCACAACGCCACGCUGUGCUUCAUGACCAAAAGAAUGAGCGCACUCACACCUUGCUCAACAGCAUUUCACCAGAGCAAGGCUAUUUAUCUAUCAGCAACUCUUCACUUUCUGAAUAUGGUGUUCUUGGUUUCGAGUUGGGCUAUUCGUUGGUGGAUCCUAAUGCACUUGUUAUCUGGGAAGCUCAAUUUGGCGAUUUUGCAAAUGGUGCCCAAAUCAUUACCGAUCAAUUUAUUGCAGCUGGUGAACAAAAGUGGCUACAACGUACGGGCUUAGUUUUGCAACUUCCACAUGGUUACGAUGGUCAAGGCCCUGAACACUCUUCGGCACGCAUUGAACGUUACCUUCAGCUUUGUGAUGAUAAUCCUUACGUUUAUCCAUCUCCCGAAAAGUUGGCACGUCAACAUCAGGAUUGCAACAUGCAAGUGGUCUAUGCAUCAACACCAGCUCAAUACUUCCAUGUGAUGCGACGACAAAUCAACCGGGAAUUCCGAAAGCCGUUGAUUCUUGCAUUCUCAAAAUCAUUGCUACGUCAUCCAAUGGCACGUUCCACCUUGGAAGACAUGUCUGGAGAUACUCACUUCCAUUUGUACCUUCCUGAUCCUCAUCCUGAACACCUCGAGUCACCUGACAAGAUCAAGAAACACAUUUUAUGCACGGGUCAAGUGUAUUAUGCAUUGUUGCGUGCUCGUGAUCAAAACAAGCUAUCGGACAUUGCCAUUUCUCGCGUCGAACAACCCAAUCCCUUCCCCUAUGAACAGGUCAAGGAACAUGUGGAUAAGUAUCCCAAUGCAGAGAUCAUUUGGUGCCAGGAAGAGCCUUUGAAUAUGGGUACAUGGCAACAUGUUGGGCCACGAAUUGAUCUAUCCUUGUCACAAUCGCAACAUCAUUCGGGCAAGAAUGUCAAGUACACUGGACGUGAACCAUCAGCGUCUGUAGCCACUGGAAACAAGAAACGUCAUUUCCAAGAAGAAUACGAAUUCCUUAGCUGGGCAUUGCUAGGAGAACCACAACAGCCCAAGGAAGUAUCAUCAGGAGUACCAGUAUGGUGA